CAUUAGUACUGCAAAUUCUAUAGCUUCUUCAAGGAGCCAUGCAAAGAUUGCCCUCAACUGCUAUGAAAUUGUCUCGUAAAAUCUUGCACUACAACCACCACCUUCACAACCGAGUUCCCGCCAUUAAACCACCCUGUGAUGUUUUUAUUAAUCAUCGACGAAUCGAUACCAAGAGAACCAUUUCAGGAUUGCUCUAUGACCAUCUUUCAAGAUUCGGCCUCAACCCUUUCUUGGAUAGCAAGAACAUGAAGCCUGGUGAUAGAUUAUUUGACACAAUAGAUUCAGCCAUCGCCGAAUGCAGGCUAGGGGUUGCUGUUUUUUCCCGUCGUUAUUGCGAUUCUUAUUUUUGCCUCCACGAGUUGUCUUUGAUUAUGGAGACCAAGAAAAGAGUUAUUCCAAUCUUUUGCGACGUGAAACCUUCUCAGCUUCGCGUUAAGGACAACGGAACCUGUUCUACCCUUGAGCUUCAAAGAUUUGAACGUGCUCUUGAAGAGGCCAAGUACACGGUGGGGCUUACAUUUGACUCGCAUAAAGGGGACUGGUCGGAAUUCUUGACGAAGGCGACCGAGGCAAUUGUAACAAACUUGAUUGAAUUGGAGGGAGAAACAGUUCGCAAGAACCGUAAAAAUUUUGUGUAGAAUUUUUGAAUAAAGAUAAGAAAGCUUGUCCUUUUCCAAAGCAAUAACAUCCAAUGCACAACGAUCUUCAUGCAUGCAUGACCUUGAAUGAGGAUCAGUGCAGCUUUGAUCUUUUAAUUAGCUUUUGUCAAUUAAUAACCAAUUCGUUGAUUCAAAGAUUUCCUUUUUUUUUUCCUUUUCUUUUUGCUUUUAAUUUCUUUUUUGUUGGUUGUUGUAUAGGAUCAUGUAUUUUCUGAAAAGGAUAGCUAAC